AUGGCCUUUCAGGAAGCCUUCGAUAAUGUCCUCGCCGAGAUCGAUGAUUGGAUCGAACUCCCUAAGCUAGAGGGCGACAUCUUCGGCCAUCUCAAGUUCAAGGCCGCUGUUGGAAACAUCUUUGAGAUCCCGGACAAGUUGUAUCUCCGGAGACUUCUCUAUGAUACCAAGAUCGUUGUUGUCGUCGCGGAAAGCAAAAAGGCAAUGAUGGAUAAGAACCUGAUGCCCAGAGUCACCGCAACCAGACGAGCAGCUUUACAAGAUGGACAACUGGUCACAUCGGAUGUGGCAGUCUAUUCGUACGGCAAGCUUUUCACUCUUCUCAAGAGCUUUCGAGACCCUCUCUUCUGGAAUCAAGCUUCCCAGAACUUCUGUCAUCCGUUCACAAUGUUCUUGAUGGACGUCGACCCUGAUUUCAGUGCGGAAUUUGUCCUGGCGCUGAACGCUGCGACGGUCUUCGCUUCCACAUUCAAUGACAAUCAGCAGAACCCAAACACCGUUGUGAGGCUAAUGACCAUGUCAUCUGAGCGCAUCCACCCAUUCAUCACCAAGUUGUUCAAUCACUUCGAUUACUGCCAGUUCUUUGAACUACCCGAACUAGAAGAUCGCUACGCCCCCAAACACGUUGCCUCGGCCGACAUGAACAAAGUACUGCGCAAGAUCAAGUCGUGGAUCGGAAAAGAAGGACAAAAUCAGAAGAAUACUAUCAUCACUUUCUGCGGAGAGGAUCUUAUGCCUGAUGAAUGGCGCGGAGACCCGUUCAUCCAGGACUUCAGACAGGUCCAAGUGAUCCACCCCGGGAUUCUAGACAUCAUCAAGGCCAGCAAUGAAAAUAUGCUGAUUUCCUUUCCCGAGACCUUUGAGGCCGACUUCGCUCUUGAGAUUUCUGGAAAUGUGCACAUAGUAGGAAGCGUUGUGCGGAGACGACGUAUUUUGGAUCGGCAGACUGGCCACGAGGCUGAAGUCACACUCAAGCUGUCGAAGCGAGAGCGCGAAGCCCAGAUAUCUGCGGCGUCGUGGUUCAACAUCGAUGACACGAAAGUCCGCUUCUAUGCACCUGCAAACUACAUUACGUCUCCCAAAUUCGAUUUCCCUCGUCGCAUGAAGUUUGCCUGCGAGCAGAUUGACGGAUUUGUCGCGGCAUGGACGGAUCUAGAAGACUGGCCUGAUCAAACGUUCGAGAUUCUUGAAAUCUUGAACGUCGAAAACGGAGGUACUAAUCAGAACAAUGUCCUUUCUCCCACAGCCGCGCGCGAUGGCAUUGAUUAUUAUGAUAUUGGGGCUGUUCUCGAUCAAACUUGGAAGCGCUUGCAGGUCCAAGGCCUCAUUGGCCUCACUUUUACUGAUUUUGCGCUUGGUACAGCCAUCCCUGCCGACCGUGCGAGGUUCUUCCACGACCUCAACCAGAUUAUAAUGCAUAAUGGCAAGGCCGCACAUGCCACGGCAAUUCAAUCUGCGCCAAAUCUCAGUCAGCUCAAGAUGCACCUGGUUGCGGCUCUCUGGGUCGGCAUGAAGCGACUAGUCGAAGUCAAUUGGCAAGACUACAACGGGAAUGUCGACCUGGAAAUUCGAAGCCUUAUUGACUUUAGCAGCGCCGCCGCAAUUGCUCGGUACGGCACCCUAUGGUCCAAGCUGGGCUUGAUGGAGGCUGUCUGGGCGAAGCAUGCUGCAGGCUUUUGUCCCAACAGCACCGCUUCACAUGUUAUUGAUGGCCGGAUCUCAGCCUCCACGUUGGCGAGGUCAAAGUGGAUGACUUACAGACAAUCUAUCUCCGCUUUGGCAGCCCGUGAAGGGAUUGUAAUGCCUUCCGUCGAUGGCUUCUUCCACAGAGACUUCAAAAUCGAGGAAGACGAUUAUAACCAGCUGUGUCGGCACUUCAUGCGGGCGUACUCGAACCAGGUCGCCAUAGUCACGAAGAGCAGAAACAGGUGGGAGAUAGUCGACUUUUCAUCAGGAGAACAUCUGGAAUGCACGGAUGAUGUUCUGCAUCUGGUCAAUUGGGCCGAGCUCAUUCAGCGGGAGGAAGGCUCUUCUGUGCUUGGAUUCUAUACUACAGCGUCUCGAGCCUCACGGAGGGCUAGAACCAAGAUCUCUGACUGGAACUGGAUCCCCGCUAGGCUCUGGGAAGACUGGGACCGGACUCUCAGAUCCAAUCGUCACAAGGGAACAGAAGCUUUCAAGAUGCAAGGGGCCUCUGGCCGGUCUCUCGGGUUUCACAGGAAUCCCGACGAGCUUACCCAUGGUGUCAAAGACACCUCUCAGCGCCUUCCUGAUGCCCUAUUCUUAGCUUCUUCUCCUAAUUCCACGCUGAGAGGGGCCCUCGUAUUUCAGUCUAUGGCGGAUGGCAAACUUCCUCUCGAAAGUCCAUAUCAAAAUCAAAAGAUCUAUCCACGCCCUGACAAGACCAUAACCUUCUCUCGACAAGGAACACUUAAUCGGUUUAUCCUCCCAAAAUACUAUGAGCCCAGAGAUCCCUGGCAUAAUUACGUUGAUAGCUAUUGGAAGGUAUACCGCACGCAACUGCAACAUCUCCCCAAUGGAGGGGAUAGGAACCAUCGAAGGAUGACCAUUAUCAAUCCCGACAAAGCGUCGCGCCAAACAAAUAUCAUCCACUACAUCGGCGACUUGGCCGUGGUUGAAGAGAACUUCUUCGGGAUUGAGAUUCUUUGGGUUGGAAACGUGGAUAAUGAGACCAGUCUGAGUGACAUUUGCAGAGACAUCGAUACUUACCUGAAGCGGAGGUUUCGUGCAGCAAACAAGAUUUCCUUCACAAUGGGUGCCAGUCGCCGACCAUUCUGUCGUGCACCGGUAACUACUAUCGAUGUGGCUGCUACUAUCAAGAGUCAUUUCUUUGGAGAUUUCCCAGAUCUUCCAAGCGGUGAGAGUUUUAUCCUUAGUUUCUAUAUCCCAGUAGAUAGAAGCGACCCAAGAGCACACGAAAUCAUACAGAAACACUACAUCCUGAUGGGACUCUACCUGUGGUCGAACGCCCGGCUUGUUAGAAAUGGUCAGCAAAAUGGAAACGGUGUACCAAACGAAGAUGGAGAACCUAAUGGAAAGGAGGUAUCAAUUCGGAACGGGCUAUCUCAUAGAAAUAAUCAUUCGAACGGGAGCAGGAUCCUAAACCGGAACACCUAUUCGAAUGGAAAUGGAAUCCUUGAUAGAGAUAAUUAUUCGAAUGGCAACGGUUUGCCAACUGGAAACGGCGAUCGCAUUGUAGAGUUGGAGGAUGACGAAGAUGAUGAGGAGGUUCCAGGACAGGUGACUGAACACAGAGAUCUCCGUUGCACUGAUAUCUCGACUAAUGCUAAGUUGGCGAUAAAGGCUAGUACAGUCGAAGACUCAGACGUCCCUCUGGAGUGUUGUAUUCGAGUCUAUGUUCAAUUGCUCAAGUCGCUUGAUGGCCGGUCGAAGCUCAACAAAUGCCUGUCUGCUCUAAGGGUGACCACCUCUAUGCGCACAAAUGGAACGCCCCUUGAAGCUGCGAUCCGAGAACUCAGACGUGUCACUGAGUCAGUUCAGAAUGCGAAAGACAGUCAUCACCCCAAGUGGCUCCUUGAUGAGAAGAUUGGCAAGAUGCAUCUGAGGAAAGAUAUGAUGAAUGGCAAACAGUUUAGGGAGAUGGAACGGCAACUUGACAACAACAUCAAAUGCCUGAGGGGUUUGAAGGCAAAUUGUAAGAAGACACCCAAGCGCAGAAUUCAGUUCCAGGGCAUUGAACUCCCGAAGCAACCUCAGAAGCCCAUUAUUCCGGCACGAAAAGCGCUCACUCGCAGAGGUCCCAGCAAAAACAAGAGCCUUGACAUGGAUAGACGAAACAAACGUCUCGAGCGCACCAAGCGACAACUGGAGAAGGAGAAUGUUUCAGCGCUCUAUGAAACAAGCAAAUUGCGACAGGACCUCCGAAAGCAGAGGAGGACUCUGGCCAAAGAACGAUCAGAGAAUGCUCGAAAGAGCUUGGAGAUCGACCUCUUGAGAAACGACAACAUGACUGCGCAUCAGAACCUGAACGACAGCCAGACAGCUCUCAAAGAGGCUCAAGAGCGAUGUCGGGAGCUUGAAGCUUCUUUGCGAUCACAGAACGAGGCCACUCACGCAGCGCAAGAUCAAUACACAGGAGAAUCCCCCAUCACCGUAGACGGAAGCAAUUUCGAUGAAGUUGGCGAUCUAGACGACAUGAUUCCCUCAAAGCCGAGCUCUCCCGACGAGAAGGGGAACAAAUUCAACGAGUACGAGUGGCACAUUGCCACGCCACCACCAAGCCAAAGACGCAUAUCUUCGGUUACGACUGCCGCAACACCACCAGAGACACCUGUGGCUGACCCUUCGAACAACCUGAUAUUGCUUGGUGGCUAUUUCCCCGUCGUGGAAGACGAAAAUUUUGAUGAUGAGAUGAAGGAAAUCUUCAGAGGCCACUUGUACGUCGACAGGGUCUUUAGGCGAUUCAGAGAAUUCCUUGAAACAGGACAUGAGAACUCGUGGUACUGCGUUCAAGAUAUCGUCAAGUAUGGAUACAGCUUCGGUUCCUGGAAUGAUAACAUCUGCGGGAAUGGGGAGCAUGAUGUCGUUCGUUGCAGGCAGGUCAAGGUUACCGUGUUCCACUCGAUCAGACGGUUUUGCUUCAAACGCGAUGAGGAUGUGAGACCGAAUAGACGAACACAAUGCAAAAGAAUAAGAGAAGGGGAAACGGCGGUCAUUCAUUCCGCGCGGGUCCUUAUGAUAGGCCUCAGAACGAGAGUGGUGGUCGUGGAUGCGGUCGAGGACGCGGCAGAGGAGUUGGGUCGUGGAGCUGGAGCUGGAGGGCCCAACUUCUAUGAAGGCCCUGGUCGUGCUGCUGACCCAGCAUUUCGGCCGGGAGACAUGACAGCUAUGGCCGAGAACAAGGCUAUUAAGACUAUUCCAACUAUGAUAACUCUCAACAGUGGUAUCGACAAUGGGAUGGAGGUGAUGGUUAUGGCUAUCAGGAAUAUGAUGACUGUCAACAGUGGGGUCAGCAAGUGGAUGAGGAGGAUGGCUAUGGUUAUCACGGAAAUGAACAGGAGGCUCCUAGCUACGGCAGCCCCGCGCAAUGAGUAUGUGGCCGAGGAAGCUCAGUUUGCGAGUCAUGAGGUCACUCGCGUUUCUAGGGAUGAUCUGGGGAGCCUCCACCGGAUGUUACCUCUUGCGUCAAAAGACAUCUGGGCUGCUGUUCACGGACGAAAGAGGACCCUUUCUCAAGAAGAGUUAUCAAAAGUUGAGGUCGACCUCUGGCCCCAAAAGAAAGGCCAGUCAACACAAAUCCAUGGUUGGAAUCAGACUGUACAGGGUUCGGGAAGUGGUUCCAUAUCUGGUCCAGUCAACAAAGGCUCCAAAGGUGGUACUCAGCCGUCAGCAACUCAAGGAACCAUGAAUGCGGACCCAAUACAAUACUUCCUGGAUUUCUUCAAAGGGCACCUGUCCGAUGAUGAGGGCCGUUAG